CUGCCAUGUUUGGGGGUCGUGCUGGUAAAAGAGAUUGAUUUUGGUUGCGUUUGGGCAGUGAGACUGCUUUCAGGCGCGAGACAAGACGUGCGUCGUGGUUGACCAGGCGAUGCCUAUAUUAAUGAACGUCAUCAUCAUUGGAUCAGCAAUUCGAUGAUAAGAUAAUUUGGGAUAUUCAAUCUCAGGCACGUGACAACUAUCUCUUCGCGCCCUUGACUCGACUUGGAUAUCGACCCAAACGCGAGAAACGGACAACGAUCACGAAUUAUACAGCAUCUUUGCUUCGAGGAACACGUCGCCGACACGACUGCCCACGUCCCAACUCCUACCAGCUCUUGGCGAAGACAUCCUCAUAAAUCCGUGCUCGUCUGCGAUACUCAACUGAAUAUUCAUCUGAUGUCUCCCCCGCCGCCUCUCCUCACCGUCACCGGGGACACAGGGAGCCCAGGAUCCUCCGUCUUCGAUCUGCCGACACAAAACGCGCCUCCCCCACAUCGACACUCUACCACGACUAUGCCAUCCUCACGCACUCUCGAAGACGCAACACCGGCCGAGAAUGCCUUGGCAUACGUGGUCAUAUCCGGAGGAACAGGCGGCAAUGCGAUCUGUUCGGCAUUCGGCUCGAGCGCCUGCUAUGUGCUGCCAGUGUCCGACGACGGCGGUUCUUCAUCCGAAAUCAUCCGUGUCCUGGGCGGACCGUCGAUCGGGGAUAUACGAUCGCGCCUGGUGCGUCUGAUUCCGAAUGACAGCCCCAGCUCUCCGCUGCAUGCGAUCCGGACUCUGCUCGCAUACCGACUGCCCGCGCACUACUCUGAGCGCGAGGCGCGGGAGGAAUGGAGAGACAUCAUUGAGGGUCGCAGUCCACUGUGGAAUGGGAUUCCUAUUGAUCGCAAGGAGACCAUCCGGGGCUUCUUGGUGCACUUUGAAAGCGAGCUUCUGAAGCGGGCGCACAAGAACUUUACCUUUGUGAAUGGCAGUAUCGGGAACUACUUCCUCGCUGCGGCACAGGGAUUCUUUCGUUCCCUGCCUGCUUCUAUCUUCCUUUUCUCCUCGAUAACGAACAGUCAAGCCAACAUUCUACCGGUCAUAGUGACCAAUCACACCGUCACCAUUGCCGCUGAAUUGGAGAACAGCGAGAGGCUUGUGGGGCAAUGCGAGAUCUCACAUCCUGUCGUAUCGAACCAGGAGCGUGGGCCCGGUUCGGAUCCCAUGUCUCCUAUGGAUGGAAUGGCGGAAGUUGUCUCCCAGGGACGGAAUGUCAUGUUCGAGCAAAACGACAAGCACGACUAUCAGCCACUCGCCUCGCGCAUCGCACGUCUCUACUACAUGAACGCGUAUGGUUUUGAGAUACAUCCGACGCCUAAUCCCGAUUACCUCUCCGCUCUUGCGACGAAGGACGUCCUCGUGUAUUCUUGCGGCUCUCUGUGGACGAGUAUUAUUCCCUGUCUAGCACUCCGAGGCGUCUCAGCCGCGAUUGCCAGGUCGCGCACUCUGCGAGCCAAAGUUCUCCUGCUCAACGCAAAGAACGAUCGUGAGACCGAGGGCUACUCAGCUGUGGACUACAUCACGUCGAUAGCGAGGACCUUGAAUUCCCAUUACGGUCCUCCGUCAUAUGGGCUUGCGUUUGGGAGCAGCACCACGUUCCCCGUGUCAGCAUUCAUUACAGAUCUUGUGUUUCUGAAAGGAACCCAAGUGUUCGUUGACCGAAAGACGAUCUCGGCGAUGGGCGUGAGAUGCAUAGAGGUAGAGGGGUCCGGAGAUAAUGUGUUUGACACUGUCACCGUCAGAGAGGCUCUUGACGAGGUCGUCCGGAUGGAGAGAUGAGCGACUUGCAGUCUCUUGCAGUUGGGCAAUCUCAACCGAUUGUCGUGUGACGUUCCCCCGGCAAUCAAUUUCCCCGCGGCGGAUCGCAGAGCCGAUUUUACUCCGAUCUGCCAUGAGCCUGGAUUACGGACGGUCAUGCAUCAUAGUAAUACUCCAACGCGUCGUCGGCAAACAGCAUCUCUUCUUCGUUUGCACUACGUGAAUGCUUAAACGCUCUGGACGCUGUCUCUCUGCAUCGAAACAUAUCAUUUAACGUCCCCCUAUUGAACCAGAAAUUCGCAUACAACAACUCCCAUGGCGGAUGUACUACAGUUGGCAGGAGUGCCCACGACUCGAGAACAGAGCAGAGAUUUGAAAACAGUACGAGCGGACCUGACACAUGAGGUCAUGAACGGUACUUCUCCAAAAGACGACAAGGGAGACGACCAAGUCAUUGUCGUUCGUCCGGAUCCAGUUUACGAACCCGUCCUCCCGAACGACCACGACACCGACGACGAUAUUUCCAUCCAGAUCGAAGAGCCCACGGAAGCAGAGGCGUCGCUUACGGGCAGCGUUCUCCUCCCCUCAGAUCCCCAAGCUCCGUGCUCAGCUCCCGAUGGGGCUGAAGAUGAAACCAACCAGCCAGGCCAGCGGCGGACAUUAGUCCGCUUCCGAUCUCGCGUGCGCAUCACCUCUGGCAUGCACCGUCACUCCCGCACGGCCCACCGCCACUUCUCAUCGUCCUCGUCGUCCUCAUUAGCGCCUUCCUCGCGUGCCAGUUCGCCGUCGUCGUCUAUCUCCGCACCGCUCCGGCCUACGCCUACCCCCGAGACGUCGUCUCCCGGAUGGGGAACACUCGGGACUCGGGUUAGCCUUUUCGCCCGUGCGAGGCGGAAACUCGCGCCAGGGGAGACGACGGGCGUGGGACGCGGAGAGGGGGAACCGCUCCUGGCUGAUGGGGCACCCCCGUCGUAUUCGUCCACCCGGGGCAGGAGGAACAGCGACGAGUCCGAUAGGUCAAGUCAGGAAGAUGAUGAGGCGACCUUGUCCCGCCAGAUUGAUUUGAUGUUUGGAAAGUGGCCGUGGAGAUUGUUGAACGCGCAUUGGUGGUGGUGGCAGUUGGAGCCAAUAGUGUGUUGCGGCUGCUUGGACGAAGAAUACGACUAGCAGCUCCAGUCGCCUGGAUCUCUUUCUCAUUUGGGAAUCAUCACGUAGUGGUACAUACUCCAGGGCCGUCGAUCUUAUACCCUUUGUUCGGUUUGCAUACGGUAAUAAUCGCCUGUGCUCCUCUCUAUCUUCGUCAAGUAGGACCACGUAUCGGUCAAAGCUGGGCCACACAGAGCAGCACCAAUCUCAUUCGUACUAUUCCUAAUCUGCAUCUGUCACUGAUGUGACAUUUCGCGUCUCGCCUCUCCCCCUCGCCUCGCCUGGCCCCAGCACGCCACUAACUAGCAUCCUUCAGUGCGAGAGAAACGACUCUCCUUCAGGGGCUUUUCUAAGCCGACUCGCGUUCCCUCAAGUCGACCAUCUCAUAAACCAAUCCUUCGCCCGAGCAUGUCAACCGCCAAGGCUCGCACUGCAUACGCCAAAGCCAUCCUCGGCCCCGAACUGCACAGUAAGCUCGGAGAAACUAAAGUGCUCGUAGUCGGCGCGGGAGGAAUUGGAUGCGAGCUGUUGAAAAACAUCGUGCUGACGGGGUUCGGAAAGAUCACGCUGCUGGACCUCGAUACGAUCGACCUCUCCAAUCUGAACCGGCAGUUUCUGUUUCGCAAGAAGGACGUGAAGCAGAGCAAAGCUUUGGUUGCCGCUCAAACAGCUGCCCCGUUCAACCCUAACGUGCAAAUCACACCUAUCUACGGCAACAUCAAGGAACAGCAAUACGACAUUGAGUGGUUCUCGCAGUUCGACAUCGUGCUCAAUGCACUGGACAACCUCGAUGCUAGACGACAUGUGAAUAAGAUGUGCAUCGCGGCUCAGAUUCCUUUAGUGGAAAGUGGGACAGCCGGCUAUCUUGGCCAAGUCCAGCCCAUCUUGAAGAAUACGACUGAAUGCUUCGACUGUAUACCCAAGCCUACACCAAAGACCUUUCCUGUAUGCACUAUCCGCUCGACACCUAGUCAGCCGAUCCAUUGUAUUGUUUGGAGCAAGAGCUAUCUCAUGGGACAACUGUUUGGUGAAGACGAAGAUGCCGUCGGGGAACUGGAUGACGCAGAAAAACAAGGCGAAAACGAUACAGCCCAAGAGAUUGCCACCCUGCGUCGUGAGGCUCAAGCGUUCACGGCUGUGCGCGAGGCUUUGCGCUCGCCGGCAUCUCAUACUGCUGCGAAAGACGUGUUCAACAAGGUCUUCAAUGCGGACAUCAAAAACUUGUUGAUUAUGAAGGACAUGUGGCGGUCGCGUGCGCCGCCAGUUCCCCUGGACUUCGAUGCGAUCGUAGACGGGUCGUUCGUGCUUCGUGAGGUGUCAUCCACUGCCGUGUCGUCCGCCCCAGCUCCUUCUAUGACAGUCAAAGAUCAGAAGCAGCUUUCCUUGAGAGAUAAUGUGAUGCUCUUCGCUUCCAGCGUCGAAAGGCUAUCCAAGCGUUUACAAGCAGGGGAAGCAACGAUAGCGUUCGACAAGGAUGACGAUGACGCGCUCGAUUUCGUGACUGCCACCUCGAAUCUCAGGUCUGCGGCAUACGGUAUCACAGGGAAGACGCGUUGGGAGGUCAAAGAGAUGGCGGGCAACAUCAUCCCUGCGAUCGCGACGACCAACGCAAUCGUAUCCGGGCUGAUCGUGUUGCAGGCACUCAAAAUUCUGCGCCGGUCGUACGACAAACUGCGGAACGUGCAUUUGCAAGUGAAGCCGUCUGUGCCGCUCAGCACGAUCAACCUGUGCCCACCAAAUCCGUCGUGUGGGAUCUGCGGUGACACCUACACGCAGGUGUUGUGCGAUCCGCGGCGGGCGCUGUUGGGCGACAUCGUCAAGGGCGUGAUGGGAGGCGACAGCCGAGACGUGAGCGUUUACGAGGACAAACGCGUCCUCAGCGAUCCUGAUUGGGAAGACAAUCUGGAUCGCACGCUGGCGAGCCUGAAUGUGGCGAGAGGGAUGUUCCUGAGCAUCGUCGAUGACGAGGGAGAGCUUGCUACGAUUUCCGUCGCGUUGGGUGUCUUGCCGGCUGACCAUCCUCGGGAUCUGCCGCCGUUCAUCUUACCUGAUCCCUUGCCAUCACCGCCUGUCAAAGUGAAAGUUGCCCCGCCGAUGCCCAUGACACCGAUCAAAGUACCCCAAAAACGAGCUGCACCAGACGACGAAGGCUUUGAUGACGUCAUUGAUCUCGCGCCGACACCGAAACGGGCCAGGAUUGCUGAUGUCAAGAGCCCGAGUAAGAAACGGAAACUGGACGAGGAUGGGCUGAUACUCAUGGAGAGACACGACGAUCAUCUGGAGGACGACAUUAUUGUCAUUGAUUGAGAUCGUUGGGAAGAUUUUGUCAUUAGGAGUGCUUGUCCUGGCGGUGGCGCAGAACUGUGAUGCUGACCAGGAUGCAUGUUCGUGGGGAUGAUGAUGGUUGUCUGUUGAUCUGAAAUGCAGUAAUCUUAUCUGUCUGAUUAGCAUCGAUCGCAUUUGCUUCACCAUCCACUACGAUGGUCAGCUCCCUCCCACCAGAGCUAUGUGAUUCGAUAAUCGAAAUUGUGCUGGACGAAACUACCCUGAAGUCAUGCUCCCUGGUGUCUAAAUCCUGGGUAGGUCGCAGUCAGCGCAGCAUCUUCCGGAGGCUGCGCAUCCCUCCAGCGGGACAAUCUGUGACACCCGCAACGACAAUCCAAAUCCAACGGGCGGUCGAAGCACUCAACACCUACCCCCACCUGCUGCCGCUCGUUCGGGAACUGUCAGUCGCGAUCCCAAGAAAUGGCGCGGGGCAGAUCGCUCUAGGGAACCUCGUCGUUCUGGUCGCCCCGCGCCUUGAGCGGCUCGAGCUCGACGGAUGCGUCAACUCGUGGCCGCGCAUUGUACCUGAUCUGCGAGACGUCCUGCUCGCGACGAUGAGUGCACCGCGCGUGGACCGAGUGUAUCUCACGCGACUGGCGUCCUUCCCGGUUUCUGCGAUACACGACAUCCUGCAUACGAGCCGCGCGGUUGCACUGACGGACGUUGUGGUCAGGGACGACGGGAGCACCCCCAUGAAGCUGGUGAUGCAGCAGCCCCCGCCGCUUCGGUACCUCCAUCUCCCCUGGUUCACUAUCCGGCCCAUCCUUCUCGCAGCGCUGCCGCAUGGCCCCAGGACGUACUCCCUGUUGGAGUUUCUGCGCGUCGAGCGCUAUGACGGGCAUUAUCGGCCGAUCCUGCAGGCAGCAGCCACCACGCUGGUCACACUGGAACUUACCAGCUCUGAUGGUGUAGUCGACUGGGAGUUUCCCCUCCUCCCCGCACUCCAGACUCUCGAUCUUUCUUUUGCGGCGAAGAACGUGGACUCGCUGUGCAUCACACUGCCUCCGUCGGUGUUGUCCUGCAUCUCUCGGCUGCCCAGCUUCGCACCUGUGGUCGAACGCCUCGUGCUCCGCGUAACGGUCCAGAUCUUCGUCGUGCGGCCGCUUAAGUGGGUCGACCCCGAGGCUCGAAGCAUGCUUUCCCAGCCCGUCAUCGUUGAGCCCUUCGGAGAUUCGGGAUACGGGGAUGCGUUGCCGUGCUUCCGAGAGAUGGAGGUCACGAUGGCUUACGGAGAUCCGAUGAGGACAUUGGAAAACAUGCCUGCCGAGUAUGCGGCCCCCGUGCUGAGCACGUUUCGAGCAUGCGAGCAGUAUAUGGGCGAUAAAUUUCCCGGCCUGAAGAGUGCUGGAGGUCUGCGCGUC